GUGCAAACUCUGCGCACGGACCGGUCCCACGACUAUAAAGAAAGCAGGCCGCCCGCUAGGCGUCAGCACGACUUCCAGCAGCCUGACUGCCUCCUAGUCAUUUGCUCCACAGCUCCAGCUUCACCAGAUCUCAGAAUGGACCCCAACUGCUCCUGCUCCACAGGCAACUCCUGCACCUGCUCCAGCUCCUGUGGCUGCAAAGACUGCAAGUGCACCUCCUGCAAGAAGAGCUGCUGCUCCUGCUGUCCCGUGGGCUGCUCCAAGUGUGCCCAGGGCUGUGUCUGCAAAGGGGCUUCUGACAAAUGCACGUGCUGUGCCUGAUGGGAGGACAGAGGACAGCACAGCUCCGAGGUGUAAAUAGUGUGGACCAACCCGAAGUUUUUCAUACAGCUUUACCGCGUUUAUAAAUCUGCUUUUUCUAUGAAAUAUGUGAAUAAAAAGCCAAUUUGUUUCGA